CAUAGACUUUAGAUAACCAUGUGAAGGGUAUUAAAAAGCCUUGAAACAUGAUAGAAAUGUGGUACAACAAACUCCAAAAUUAAAAAAUCUCCGUUAAAAGGUUGACAAAUGGGUCUGUCUUUUUGUGGAUUUUGUUAGGAUUCUACCAUCAGAAAAGAGGCCAAACUUCUAUCACCAUGGUGGAUGUGAAGUGUCUGAGUGACUGUAAAUUGCAGAACCAACUUGAGAAGCUUGGAUUUUCACCUGGCCCAAUACUACCUUCCACUAGAAAGUUGUAUGAAAAAAAGUUAGUACAAUUGUUGGUCUCACCUCCCUGUGCACCACCUGUGAUGAAUGGACCCAGAGAGCUGGACGGAGCUCAGGACAGUGAUGACAGCGAAGAGCUUAAUAUCAUUUUGCAAGGAAACAUCAUACUCUCAACAGAAAAAAGCAAGAAACUCAAAAAAGCUGCCCUUUUCCUUGUCUUUUGGCUUUUCCAGGAGUUUUUUUUCGCCUGCAUCCCUUGGUGUUUCCAGGUUGUCAGCUCCUCCAGCUCCCAGUCCGGGAUAUAUAAGUGGCCUGAGGCUUCCACCACUAAACCCAAAGCUGUAGAUAUCUAUUGCUUGGAUUAUAAGCCUUCCAAGGGAAGAAGGUGGGCUGCAAGAGCACCAAGCACCAGAAUCACAUAUGUGACUAUCACCAAAGAGAGAGACUACUGCGUGGAAGACCAGACUAUUGAGAGCUGGAGAGAAGAAGGUUUCCCAGUGGGCUUGAAGCUUGCUGUGCUUGGUAUUUUCAUCAUUGUGGUGUUUGUCUACCUGACUGUGGAAAAUAAGUCGCCGUUUGGUUAAGUAAUUUAGGAGCAAAGCAAUGCUCCAAGUGAGGCCUCCUGCUUCAGGAAAGAACCAAAACACUACCCUGAAGGGCCAGCCUAGCCUGCAGCCCUCCCUUGCAGGGAGCCUUCCCUUGCACUGUGCUGCUCUCAUAGAUCGGUAUCUGGGCUCAGCCAGGUGGAAGGAACCAAUGGGAGAACGAGGCACCUGUGUUAACAGCAUGAUGGUUAGGAAAUCCCCCAAGUCAUGUCAGCUGUCAUUAAAGGUGCUUCCAUAUUUGAGCAGGUGUCAAACAAGGAAA